GUCAGGGUCAUGCCUGACUUGCAAAUCCGCAACGAAAGGGUCGCCUGCCUACUGUACCUCGAUUGUGUGUAUUCUGAAUACCGCCCGGCCGCUCGUCCAGCCUUCUCACCAGGCUCUGCUUCAAACGAUGUGGUCAUUCCAGAUGACGAUCCAUCAGGCUCGGUCCUAAAUCCUGUGGUCAUUCAGGAUGAUGAACCCCUGAAUCCUCAUCUAACAUCACAAACUCCAACGCCGAUGUCAGAGAACCUGGCAGAUGCUGGGCAGGAUCAAUCUCCAGCAUUGGAACUCGAAGAUUCUUCUUCAGACUCAGACUCAGACUCGGACUCGGACUCGGACUCAGUUUCAGCGUCGUCUCAAUCAUCUCGUCCAUCAUCGAGUUCAGGUUCAUCUGUGGCAUCUGGUAUAUUCUCGAUCACAUCUUCAGACUCGACACUUGACCAACCUUUGACAACUGAUCCUCCAUCAAUUCCGGAAACAUCGUCGAAUCCUGAAGCAUCCUCCACGCCUGGACUAUCAUCGACGCUUGAUCAACCAUCAACACCCCAACCGUCAUCGUCUUCUAACCUCUCAUCGGCUCCUCGUUCAUCAACAAGAUCUCGAUUCACUCCAGCCUCUGAUUUCUCCCCUCCAACGACACCAAUAUCCGAAUUUUCUCCUCUCCUCCACACGCAGGUUUCAGAUGGCAAACUCCUCGUCCAAGACCAAUAUCGCCUCCACGGCGUGACGACAGCUGUCAACCGGCACCAGCUAACAUAUGGAACAAUACUGUCUGUUCCAGAUGUAAGCAAAGAGGUCAUGUUGCCUCAGCUCACUGCGAUAAUUGCGAGUCGACCAGCCAUCAUGCCUCUGAUCACUGUCUUAUGUGCGAUCAACUCGGCCAUAGUCACCGCGAUCACUGCAGUCUAUGCCGUCGUGUCGGCCUCUGUACCCCAUAGUACUGUGUCCGUGGCCGUUGCAAACAGUGUGCACUGUACUCGAUGUUUGGUGCUGGGUCAUGCGCAUUAUCAUCAUUGUGAUGUGUGCGACGUAGUCAACUGCAAGACGGAGAACCACUGUUACGUGUGCGCGGAACUUGGUCACACCUCUAGUGAUCACUGCGAAGAUUGUGGAGAGUUUGGCCACAAAAGCAAUGAUCACUGCCGGAAUUGUCUAGAGGUUGGCCAUUACUGGGAGGGGUGUUCCAAGCAAUCCCGACGCAUUCCUUGUUGGAUCUGUGGCAGCCAAGAACAUCUUAGGGAUACAUGUCCCGAUCUAAAGCAGAACAAGCUGUNNAAAGAUUGGGCAUUCAAAAGGCUGCAAAGAUCGCGCUCUACCAAGCCCUACUGCGACUGUUGUUUCGCAGUGCGGCAGCUGGGAAAAACCCCUUUCCAGAAGCACAAACUUUCAGAAUGCCCAGUGCUGACUCACAAGAUUGCUUGCUUGAAAAAAGACCACGAGAACCAGGAGUGCCGGGAAUGGGUUCAGAGGGACUGCCAGAAUGCACCUAGUCAGGUCACUCCUGCUGAGUUCUUGCCAAACGGCGGCUUGAGAAGAUUCAUGAAAGUUAAAGAGAAGAAAGAUGCUCCGGGAUCCAUACCUCCGAGUGUCUUCACAGUUAUGUCUGUGUCCACGCAAACCACCUUUCCUGAAAUUCGUGUUGGCCGUCAGUCACAUCAUCAUGAAGAGCUCGAGUCUAACGAGAAAUCAUCUGUCGAGGGAAAGGCAAAGACAAUGGAAGUACGUGAGUAUGACACGCAGUACCGUGAAGCCAAACGCGGAGACGACUCGAGUACAUCUUCCCGCAACGAGGCACCCAACAGAAGCUCUCGAGGAACACUUGACGAGGAUCAGCGAACAGAAAGCAAAGACCAUGAGCUGACCAGACUCGACAAAGAAGUCCAGUAUCAAUCCGAUGUACAGAAGGCCGUGCAACAAACUAUGCUCGAGACAGAUGAGCAAUCUGAUGUCGAAGCCACGUCUUUGAACUCUGGAGACUGCCACUACAGUUACCCUCCCACAAGCCCAUCCUGUGGAAACGAUGUGCAUACUGAUAUGGACGACCUGACUGACAAUUCGUUAACCGAUGACGAUGGCUCAGAAGAGAAUCUGCCCGAGGAGGCUGACAUGCAUGUUUUUCAGACCCCAUGCCCUGACCCCCAGAUUUCCGACAGCAUGGAGAUCGCGCAAGCAGACACUCAGCAGAAUGAUAGCUCAUCAAGGGGCCAGGAGGUUAGGAGAGAGACUUCGAUCGAGUACUUUGACGAACCGUUCGUUCUCGAAUCACCUCAUGUUUCUUCUGAUCGCAGCCGCAGCCCGUCUGUGACAAGGAUCUUGAGCUAUGCUCUGGACAUCCAGAUGGCCUCUUAUGAUGUUUUUGUCACACCUGCGCCGACGGAGACUGCUAUCUGCAGCACUGCCGAAUGUCCGAAUUCAUCGUCGAGCAAUGAUGCCAUGUACACUCCCUGUCCCGAUGGCAGAAACUUGAUCGCGCACGAACGGCAAUCAGGCCUUAUGGGAGGAAACCCCACACGAAAGAGAAAGCCCAAGCCACGCAAAGCGCACGCCAACAAGAAGCAAAAGGCUGAUACAGACCCGGAAAAUUCCAAUGCAGUCACUACUGAUGGGACCAUGCAAGACCACGCCGUCAUCGAAAGGAGUCAAGGUAUCUCGUUAGCAGAAGGACUCGAUAUCUCUUGGAGAGAUCUCUGCUACACGGUGAUGCUCGAAGCACCAAACCACUCCUCCAACUUCAAACAACUCUGCAACCUGAUCCGGAACUGGUUGCACAAUACAUUCCCAUCAAUCGACUUCGACAUCAACUAA